UUAACUUUGAUUGGGAUUUACACGGAUUCUUCUAUGGCCUAAACUCUUGUACUCAGCAUAGACUCUAUCAUGUUUAUGAUGGAGAGUAUAAAAGCAGUUGUUAUAAAAUAUUCAACAUUUAGUCUAUCAGAGUAGAUAUAUAUGGCUAUAACAUGGCGUCCGUUACCGAAGAAAAUGUUUCUGAAAUAUUAUCACUCUGUUGUCCCCCUCCUCUUCUAAGACAUACACUGGAAGCCAUCUUUAUUCUCCUUGGAUACUCGUCUACUGAGGCCAGGAACUGGAAAUUUAUAAGGGAGAAGUUAGCAAAACCGACUUCAGCUCCAGACUCGUUUUUGAACCAGUUAAAAGAGUUUCAGGCCGAUAAAUGUGAUCCGUCUUCAGCAAGGAAAGUCAAGGCUUUGCUUAGUGUUGUUACAGUAGAUUCGGCCAAACAAGUCAGCUUGGCAGCAUCUUAUCUAGCGACUUGGGCAAUAAACGCAGUAGAAGACUGCAAAGCAGCAGGAAAACUCCAAGGCCCCGCCUCAUAGCGUCAUAUGAGAGGUAAAUGUCCGGAAAAUACGACAAUAAAAAACAAUUUUAUUUUUGAUAUCACAAAACUGUAAGAGCUGCGAGUAUUUCAUAUACCAAUAAAAUGAUGAUUGUAUAUCGGUACUUUGUUACAAAUUGAUGAAUGCAUCUCAGUUCUUUGUUAUAAAAAGAUGAAUGUAUCUCA